AUGGCAAUGUAUAUGUCCUCUACCGCAUCUUCGACGACGCACAUCAGGUCUCCCUCUGGAACCCCCAUAGACUCUCCACACGAGAUGACUCGAUCGCCGUCCGCCGAGCCAAGCAAGCCUGCCAAGCGGAAGGGUACUCGCAGCGUCUCGACUUUGACGCCGUCCCAACUGGCUAGGAAGAGGGCAAACGACAGAGAGGCACAGAGGGCUAUUCGCGCGCGGACAAAGGAACACAUCGAACGACUCGAGAGGGAGGUCGAGGAGCUCAAGAGCAAGCAGAACCGCGACGAAACCCUCCAAGAGCUCAUCAGGAAGAACAAGUACCUCGAGAAGGAGAUUGCCAGGCUGCGCGAGACUUAUGGCAUCCCCACCCCGCCAACAUCCCACCCAUAUGCGCCGUCCAUCUAUGACGACUCUGCAGUGUCCAGCCGGACCUCAUCAUCUUUUGGGCAACAUUCGCCAGACUACCAUCAGGUCGGAGAGUAUGGAGCUUCCUACAUGACAACCCCCGAGCCUUCCGAACCGUGGACAUCAGUCUUACCUUGCUCCAAUGUUUCAAGCCCAGCAUCGUCCGGAAGUGCAGAAGAAUACGGAUACAUCCCAACCAGUGUUCCCGCCGGUAUUGAUGGACUCCCUCCCACGUCGCGCGUUGGUGCCUGUAUGAAAUAUGAAGAUAUGGAUAACGAAAACGGAUACCCACGAAGCAAUGGCGUCCCGAUGCCCCCAACCUAUAUGCACCAGCAGCAGUGGCCCGUACCAUACAGCGCAACCGUUUACUACCCCCAAUCGCCGGCUCUCUGA